GGAGGGUCAGAAGAAGCUGCCUAAUAUGCCAGACACUGCAGUGGUAACACAGAGCUCCAUUCAUGUCAGUGAUCUGCGGGCAGGCAGUGGUGAAGGCGCUGAGUGGUUAAGUACUAUACGGUAUAUUUAGCUGGAGACCAGGCUUUAUUGGAAGCACUGGAGAAAUUCGACACUGUUGCUUUAAGGAAAACUACACAAUUAGAAAUGCCAGGGAAAAUGGUGGAACCCACACUCCUGUAUUACACGGUCCAUAUGAUCCUCAUCCUUCAACUAAUCAUGCUGCCAGUUAAUGCUGAUGCCUCUGAGAAAUUAGUAGAAGAUCUUUUCCAUUAUAUUGAUGAACACCAAGAUGAUUUCAUUCAGAGCCUUAAAGACUGGCUAACUGUUCCCAGUGAUUCCAGUGAUCCACAAUUCCGUGAAGAAUUGAUUAGAAUGGUCCACAUGACUGCUGAGAGGAUUCGCACUUUAGGGGCAACCGUGCAGUUAAUAGACAUGGGAUUUGAAACCUUUCAUGGUGGACAAACCAUUCAGUUCCCUCCAGCAAUCCUGGCUGAGUUGGGAAAUGACACUGAAAAGGCGACUCUUUGUUUUUAUGGACAUGUGGACGUUCAGCCUGCCAAAAAAGAGGAUGGAUGGAAGACUGAUCCCUACACAAUGACUGAAAUUAAUGGAAACCUGUAUGGACGAGGCGCAACAGACGACAAAGGCCCUGUACUAGCUUGGAUACAUGCCAUAGAGACGUAUAUAGCCCUGAAAAAGGAUAUCCCUGUAAAUUUGAAGUUUAUCAUAGAAGGAGUAGAGGAAACAGGUUCUCCUGGUUUAGAAGAGCUGCUAAAAGGACAAAAGGAGUUUUUUUCAGAUGUUGACUAUAUUGUCAUUUCUGAUAAUGUGUGGCUUAGCAGCAAGCCUGCCCUUACAUAUGGAACUCGAGGCAAUGCAUAUUUCUUUGUUGAGGUGGAAAGUGGAAAGAAGGAUUUACAUUCAGGAACUUUUGGAGGCAUCAUUCAUGAAUCAAUGAGAGAUCUAGUAUAUCUUUUAGCAAGUCUUGUAGAUACAUCUGGGCAUAUCCUCAUCCCGGGAAUUUAUGAUGAUGUAGCCCCAUUGACUGAGGAAGAAAGUAAACUAUAUGAGAGUAUCGAGUUUGACAUGGAGGAACAUAAAAAUAACACAGAAGUGAACACAUUUUUAUAUAACACAAAGGAAGAGAUUCUGCAGCACAUGUGGAGAUAUCCCAGCCUUUCCAUCCAUGGAAUCGAAGGAGGAUUUGCUGGAAUUGGGACCAAAACUGUCAUACCUUCAAAAGUUAUUGGAAAGUUUUCGAUUCGACAAGUUCCAAAUAUGCAAAUCCCUGUUGUAGAAAAGCUGGUGAAGAAGCAUCUGGAAGAUGUGUUUACUAAACUGAAAAGCCCAAACAAGCUUAAUGUGUCACUGGAGAUUGGAGCAAUGCCAUGGGUGGCUAACGUGGAUGAUCCUCAGUAUGAAGCAGCUAGGAUUGCAAUACGAAAAGUGUUUGGUGUUACACCAGACAUGAUCAGGGAUGGUUCAACUAUUCCACUGGCCCGGACCUUUCAGGAACUCACCAAAAAGAAGAUAAUGAUGCUUCCCAUUGGUGGUGCAGAUGAUGGUGAACACUCACAAAAUGAAAAAAUAAGCAGAUCUAAUUACAUACAGGGGACCAAAGUAUUUGCAUCAUUUUUCUUGGAAUUGUCAAAACUUCAUGAAGAUUUGCAAACAAAAUCAAAUGCCAAAAAAGUAACGCGCUGUCAGGUUAUUGGAAGCUGAAUAUAAGGAAUCCAAUGUCCAGGAUGCAGACAAGAUGGCUACUGGUUACUUUGUGGCACAUUAGCACCAAAACCUUCAGUAUUUCUACAGAGCAGACGGGUUUGCUCAUAGUAUCAUAUGAUAUCUUAUGCUGACUGAGACACUGUACUAAUGUUUUAUAAGAACAACUUUGCUUAUUGACGAUCUUUUAUCCUCUGAUAUUUUAUAUUCAUGUAUUUUUUUUUUAAUACAAUGAUUUUUACAAACCACUCCUGCCUGCUGCGUUAUUCUGUGUUGCUUUUUGCAAUCAAAGGUCCAAGCCUCCAGGAAGCAGAAGAACGGUCCCACAUUCAGAGCAUUGUCCACAGCAACACCCAACAUGUCCAUUGAGUCCUGAUGUGGAGGGAGGGGUUGAGGUGACUAUUGCUUUUAUGUUAAGCAUAUUUUGAUUU